AUGCCCUCCAGCAGCAGCAACAGCGCGACCGCGACUUCAAGGGCUACCACCGCGCGAGGACGCAAGAGAAAGUCCGACGAUUCGCGGUCGUUCGGUAGACCCAAGCGGGCGAAACAAGGCGACUCGUUUAUCGCCGACGGUAUCGAAGAAGUUCCCAACGAGGCGGGCAAACCGCGGCUCACCACGCCGGAUCUGGAGUUCGACUACUACCGCAGCCAGCUGCGCGACCCGCGCCCCACACCGGGACGCGUGAAGCGGCCGCGCUGGAGACAGUUCGACUUGCCGGACGAUAUCAAGGAGCGGUUCUACAUCCCCCGGCUGGUGAAGCCGAAGGGGAGGCUGGAUGCCUUCGAGAAACACUGCCUGUUUGAGGCGAAAAUGCUCAUGGACCCUAGCGCGUCGUUUCACGAUUUGUAUUUGGACUGGGACAAGGUGGACGAUUGGAUGAAGCCGGAACCGUACUCCAAAAAGAAAGCGGUGAGCAGGAUGGAGAAAGUGGUAGACAAGAGAAAGCGGGAGGAGCGCGAAAUGUACGAUAAUUUCUUCCUCGACGGCAAAGCCCCGGACGCGGAACCAACCAUCGUUACCGAGUAUCUCAAAGACCACGUCUCGAAGGAUCUCGGCGUCCCCUGGCAUCAGAUCGGCCCCAAGUAUGUGGCUGAAUGGGCGGAGAAAGGGUUCCCAAAGCAGAAGGCUGAGGAGUGGUGGCGAGAACCGAACGAGACCGAGAGACGUAGGAUGUCAAAGAUGGCGUCCGGUUGUGUACUAAGAAAAGAUCUCUAA